CCUCCCUCUACCCUGGGCUGUUCGGAGGCGGGGCAGGUGGGGGCGGGCCCAGGUAGCAGGUUCGGCUGCGCGGGGGCCCGCGCGUCCGAGUUUCUGUCUUUCCAGGGUGAAGAUGGUUUUACACAACAAUCUGGAGUCCUUUAGUUGAAAGGUGCUCCCUGCUGAGACAGGCAUUUUGAUUUGCUGUCUUUUUACAGCAUGGACACCAAAUUGCUAAAAACAUGCUUUGGGGAACUGCCAGUGAAUUUAUCUUUUGCGGUUUUACUACAAACUUAUCAGUAGUUCCCUUUUUUUUGAAUUAAUAUUUUGAAGUUAAUAUCACAAUGAGUUCAGGCUUAUGGAGCCAAGAAAAAGUUACUUCGCCCUACUGGGAAGAGCGGAUUUUUUAUUUGCUUCUUCAAGAAUGCAGCGUUACAGACAAACAAACGCAAAAGCUCCUUAAAGUACCAAAGGGGAGUAUAGGACAGUAUAUCCAAGAUCGUUCUGUGGGGCAUUCGAGGAUUCCUUCUACAAAAGGCAAGAAAAAUCAGAUUGGAUUAAAAAUUCUAGAGCCACCUCAUGCAGUUCUCUUUGUUGAUGAAAAGGAUGUUGUAGAAAUAAAUGAAAAAUUCACAGAGUUACUUUUGGCAAUUACCAAUUGUGAGGAGAGGUUCAGUCUGUUUAAAAACAGAAACAGACUAAGUAAAGGCCUCCAAAUAGACGUGGGCUGCCCUGUGAAAGUACAGCUGAGAUCUGGGGAAGAAAAAUUUCCUGGAGUUGUGCGCUUCAGAGGACCCUUGUUAGCAGAGAGGACGGUGUCGGGAAUAUUCUUUGGAGUAGAAUUGCUGGAAGAAGGUCGUGGCCAAGGUUUCACUGAUGGGGUAUAUCAAGGGAAACAGCUUUUUCAGUGUGAUGAAGAUUGUGGAGUGUUUGUUGCAUUGGACAAGCUAGAAAUCAUAGAAGAUGAUGACACUGGAUUGGAAAGUGAUUAUGCAGGCCCAGUGGACACAAUGCAGGUUGAACUUCCCCCUUUGGAAAUAAACUCCAGAGUUUCUUUGAAGGUUGGAGAAACAAUAGAAUCUGGAACAGUUAUAUUCUGUGAUGUUUUGCCAGGAAAAGAAAGCUUAGGAUAUUUUGUUGGUGUGGACAUGGAUAACCCUAUUGGCAACUGGGAUGGAAGAUUCGAUGGAGUACAGCUUUGUAGUUUUGCAAGUGUUGAAAAUACAAUUCUAUUGCACAUCAAUGAUAUUAUCCCAGCUUUAUCAGAUAGCGUGACACAAGAAAGGAGGCCUCCCAAACUUGCCUUUAUGUCAAGAGGUGUUGGGGACAAAGGUUCAUCCAGUCAUAAUAAACCAAAGGCUACAGGAUCUACCUCAGACCCUGGAAAUAGAAACAGAUCUGAAUUAUUUUAUACCUUAAAUGGGUCUUCUGUUGACUCACAACAACAAUCCAAAUCAAAAAAUACAUGGUACAUUGAUGAAGUUGCAGAAGACCCUGCAAAGUCACUUACAGAGAUAUCUUCGGACUUUGGCCAUUCGUCACCACCACUACAGCCUCCUUCUGUGAACUCACUGUCCAGUGAGAACAGAUUUCACUCUUUACCUUUCAGUCUGACAAAGAUGCCCAAUACCAAUGGCAGUAUUGGCCACAGCCCACUCUCUCUGUCAGCUCAGUCUGUGAUGGGGGAGCUGAACAACACGCCUGUUCAGGAGAGUCCGCCUUUGGCCAUAUCUUCUGGUAACUCACACGGCCUAGAAGUGGGCUCACUGGCCGAAGUUAAAGAUAAUCCUCCUUUUUAUGGGGUGAUCCGUUGGAUUGGUCAGCCGCCAGGACUCAAUGAAGUACUAGCUGGACUGGAACUGGAAGAUGAAUGUGCUGGCUGUACAGACGGAACCUUUAAGGGCACUCGGUAUUUCACCUGUGCCCUGAAGAAGGCACUGUUCGUUAAACUGAAGAGCUGCAGGCCUGACUCUAGGUUUGCGUCACUGCAGCCUGUUUCCAAUCAGAUCGAACGCUGUAACUCUUUAGCAUUUGGAGGCUACUUAAGUGAAGUAGUAGAAGAAAAUACUCCACCAAAAAUGGAAAAAGAAGGUUUAGAGAUAAUGAUUGGAAAGAAGAAAGGUAUCCAAGGUCAUUAUAAUUCUUGUUACUUAGACUCAACCUUAUUCUGUUUAUUUGCUUUUAGUUCUGUUCUGGACACUGUGUUACUUAGACCCAAAGAAAAGAAUGAUGUAGAAUAUUACAGUGAAACUCAAGAGCUACUGAGGACAGAAAUUGUUAAUCCUCUGAGAAUAUAUGGAUAUGUGUGUGCCACAAAAAUUAUGAAACUGAGGAAAAUACUUGAAAAAGUAGAAGCUGCAUCAGGAUUUACCUCUGAAGAAAAAGAUCCUGAAGAAUUCUUGAAUAUCUUAUUUCAUCAUAUUUUAAGGGUAGAGCCAUUGCUAAAAAUAAGAUCAGCAGGUCAAAAAGUACAAGAUUGUUACUUCUAUCAAAUUUUUAUGGAAAAAAAUGAGAAAGUUGGAGUUCCUACCAUUCAGCAGUUGUUAGAAUGGUCCUUUAUCAAUAGUAACCUGAAAUUUGCAGAGGCACCAUCAUGUCUGAUUAUUCAGAUGCCUCGAUUUGGAAAAGACUUUAAACUGUUUAAAAAAAUUUUUCCUUCUUUGGAAUUAAAUAUAACAGAUUUACUUGAAGACACUCCCAGGCAGUGCCGGAUAUGUGGGGGGCUCGCAAUGUAUGAGUGCAGAGAGUGCUAUGAUGAUCCGGACAUCUCAGCUGGGAAGAUCAAGCAGUUUUGCAAAACCUGCAACACUCAAGUCCACCUUCAUCCCAAGAGGUUGAAUCAUAAAUACAACCCAGUGUCACUUCCCAAAGAUUUACCUGACUGGGACUGGAGACACGGCUGCAUCCCUUGCCAGAAGAUGGAGUUAUUUGCUGUUCUCUGUAUAGAAACAAGCCACUAUGUUGCCUUUGUGAAGUAUGGGAAGGACGACUCUGCCUGGCUCUUCUUUGAUAGCAUGGCUGAUCGGGAUGGUGGUCAGAAUGGCUUCAACAUUCCUCAAGUUACCCCGUGCCCAGAGGUGGGAGAAUACUUGAAGAUGUCCCUGGAAGAUCUGCAUUCCUUGGACUCCAGAAGAAUCCAGGGCUGCGCACGAAGACUCCUCUGUGAUGCGUACAUGUGCAUGUACCAGAGCCCGACGAUGAGUUUGUACAAGUAGCCGGGGUCAUCUAGACAGGUGAAGAAAUGGAAGGCAAAGUUUUCACGUUGCAUUUCAUUCAAGCUGGCAGUUCUGUUCAACGUCCAUUGCCGGCAAUGGAUGUCUCUGUGGUGAUGAUCCUUCAGAAAAGGAUUCCUGUGUUUAAAAACAAAUUGCUUUUGUGUUACUGAAGUAUUUAAUAAGAAGCAUUUUGCACUCUAGAAAGUAUGUUUGUGUUGGUUUUUUAAGAAGUCUAAAUGAAGUUAUUAAUAUCUGGAGCUUUAAGUUAAGUGCAUUAAUCAUAUGAUAUUUUUGGAAGCAUACAAUUUUAAUUGUGCAAGUUUAAAACCUCUCUUAGUCCAUUGAGAAUGUAAAUAAAUGUGUCUUCUUUAUGGACCAAGGAUAUGAAAUCAUUUUUACUUUGUAGCUAACGGUUGCCUUGAGGAAGAAAUAAUUGGUUUUAUUGAGUCUACUUUUAAUUUGGUUAUUAAAGGUGUACUGAAUUUGAUUUGUUAAUUCUUUCCUAUAUAGUGCUGACUCCUGCAUGUCUGCAAUCUGCUGAGUUUCCGUGUUUCUGCAAUAGUGGUCAGAAAAAUACUUAAAUUCCCUUAACAGUGUUAUUUUCUAUUUGUUCUGGUUUUGAGAAAAAUGAAUGAUUCUGUCAUAAAAUGUCCAUUUUUGAUGUAAUUUUCCUGGAGGAUUAGGGUAUUCAGCAAUUGAAGCUCUUCAUUCAUGGUAGUAACUGUCAGCUAACAGGCUUUUUAUUUUGAAGGCUCUAUUUUAUGAAAUAGGGCACAGUAAAUUUAUGAAAGAAUUGGGGUGAUAAGUGAAUAAUAUCUCUUUAUACACAUAUAUAGUCCAUAAGAAAAUAAAUUUGGCGUGUAGAAUUACUCAUUAAAUUUUCCCUGAAGAGAUAGAUAUUUAAACCUCUAUUAUUUUCAGUAAGUUUGUCCAGAACUUAAGUUUGAUCUGUCAGCCAGUAUUCUCACUAAAUUCAGUUUGGUUUCCCUUGAGUUAUGAAUCAGAUAUUUUAUUGAAAUGUUAGCAACAGCUUCAUCCUCCUUCUGAUUAAGUAAGUAGAAAAUGGCUGUUUCUUUAAGUACUAUCCAUCGUGUAUGUAUAGACCACAGUGGUGGUUGUGGACUAGAACCAUAAAUUAUAAAUGUCAGUGCUGUGGAAUGUAUAUUCUCUGAGAGUCGUUUUGUGGUACCGUUGUCUUUCUGGAAUGACAUCCUAACCAUGCAGAAAGACAAAAAAGUUGUCAUAUGUACAUAGCAUAUGACUUUAUAAAAUAUUUAAUGUGAAAAAUGUAUGAAGGAUCUUUACAAACCCUGCAAUUAUUUUUUUAAAGGCACUUUUACCCUUUGGUUUUAUCAUUCCAUUUUGCUAAUGUUUAUUAGCUUUAUAAAUCAUAAUAAGGUACAAAAACUCUUUCAUCUUGUAAUUUCAUUUUUGAAAUGAAAAAUUACACACAUUUUGCACAUGGCGCACUGCUGUGUGCUGAGGUUGGGGUGGUGAGAGGAUCACAGCUCAGGGGCGAGGCUGAGGGACGCUGGGCUGGGCUGGCCCUGCCUCUAUCACCUGGGGAUGCAGGAUGUGUAAGGUCUCCCCUAGCUCUGACUAUCUAGAAAUCCAGUCGUCCUGUAAUAAAUAUGUGUUGGAUGAAGAAAUGGAUGAAUGAGCUCGUCAAUGUGAUUUUAAAAGAUUGUCUGGAAAAAUGAUUAGGACUCCAUAUAGAGUCAGCCCUUGGUAUCUGCAGGCUCCACAUCCAUGUAUUCAAGCAACCACAAGUCGAAAAUAUUUUUUAAAAGUAUGGUUGUGGCUGUAUUGAACAUGUACAGACUUUUUUCUUGUCAUUCUCUAAACAGUACAGUAUAGCAAUUAUUUACAUAGCAUUUACAUUGUAUUAGGUAUUAUAAGUAACCUACAGAUGAUGUAAAGUAUAUGGGAGAGUGUGUGAAGGUUAUAUGCAAAUACUACACCAUUUAUAUAAGGGACUUGAGCAUCUGCCUUUUUGGUAACCACAGGGAUCCUAGAACCAAUCCCAUGUGGAUACUGAGGGAUGACUUUAUAGGUAAGACUGGAUUUAACAAUUAGAGAGAAGGAAGUUCCUUUCCUGUAGAAAUUAAAACAGAAUACGAGUUCAGGAAGCUCUGUCUUGCCCAGGCUCUCCUGGUAGAGGAGCUGCAGAGCCUUGUUUGGAUGCAGGCCUCACUGCAGAGCCUGGGGUGUGGGCUCUUUUAAGUGGGAGGGGCUUCAUCCAUAAAUGAUCUAAGGUCUUUUCUUCAAGUGGAGCUGUACAUCCUUUUAAUGUUACGUGGGGAGAGAGUGCUCAGUGCAGGGCUGCCUGGGGCCGCCUCUGGUGGUUCCUGGGGAGGCUUGGCCCUUCCCUUGCUCCUGAGCGCCAUGGGGCCCUCCGGGAAGGCUUCUGCCCCUGUCCGUUCUGGUUCCAUCUGGGUGGUCCCUCCUUGUUCCUUGUUUCAGCAUGCUUGGUUUGUCAAGUGGGCAUAAUUAGGGCUGGACUGCAUGACACGGGUGGCCAAUGUGCCUGUUGAUUUAAUUUUUAACCUUAAAUUUUCUUUAAUAUUUUUCUGUUGGAUUUCUAAAUGUUUUGGUUAUCCUUUUUUCAUUAUUCUAUCUUCAAUCAAGAUGACAAUAGAAUAGAAUCAUCUUAUUUCUAAAUGGUUCAUAGCUACAUGUUCUUCCACCUCCAAAUAAAUACAUGUGUGUGUUUAUGGGGCAGAAGGAGAGAGGCAGAGAGAGAGGAGAGGGGAAGGAGAACAAACAUGUUACAAUAUAGAAGCUAAUUGUGUCCCGUCCCUCACUGUCAGCUUUAUUAAGGACUUUGACACCAUCCACAAAAGAGUGUUUUAUAAAACUGGGAAAACACAUUGAAAACCAAGAUAAACAGUAACAAAAAUCAGUUUGAUAUAGCUGUUACAGUUGCUAAGGAUUUUCUCCAUAUAAUAGUUGAGGAUUUUUAAAAUGUUUAUUUGCCAAAUUCUGUAGAUAAAUGGGCAGGUUCUUCCUCUCCCUUGGAUUCAUUUAUUUUUUUCAUAUAAUUUGAGAAUAAGGGGAAGACAUAGUAAUUAAUCUUAAGGAACUCCUAUAGUCACCCAAAUUUCUGGUUGUUUAUACAUGUCAUCUUUAUUCAGGAAUUAACUAGUCUCCAUAGCUGGAUCUUGAAAAUUAUCCAGUUAGAUAGUUUUGAAUCCACUUGAAUCAUAGACCAAGAUGUGAAUGGAGAAUAGAAUAUUAGGUCUUGGCUGAGGAACUGCCAACCAAGAAGUAUUUAGUGGACAUUUAUUAGGUGCCUGGGAUUGUGUCAGAGGGAGUAUGAGACAUGCCCCUACCCUCAAACAGCUUCCCUGCUGAUGCAACAAGAGAAUGUCUGUUACUGGCUGCUCAGCUUAAGUGCAAGGGCGACAGGUCUGGGGAGGCUUUGGGAGGCAGUGUGGCAUCACAGAAAAAGGAGGGGAUGAGAAACCUGGAUUCUAGCCCCUUUUCUGUCACUUGUUCUGUAGCCUUAGAUAAUCUCUUGACUUCUUGGGCUUUAGCUUCCUCCCCUGUAUAACAAGAGGGUUGGACUAUUGAAUUUUAUAGAAAAAUAUACAAAUUCCUGGGUCCCAGGCCAGGCCUGGCUGAAUCUGACUCUUCAUGAAGAGAACGUAGGAAAUAUGUUAGCAAAAAGCUGACCUGGUGAACCUGGUGACCAUGGCCAAUAAGGUUUGAAACCACCGAACUGGAAGAUGUCAGAGGUCCCUUCUCUUUUUGUGAUUGUGUGAUCAUAUAAUGUUAUUGGUUAUUCUACAUCAUUGUGGUUACUUGGAUGUUUAUCAUAUUAUUUAUCUGUGUUUACAUAUGAAUUUGUAUAAGGAACACGUUUUAGUGUAUGUACCUCAACCUGUUGUUUCCUAGGGGUCUUUGGAACACAAAUAGGUCUUAGGAGGAUAUUUGUUAUUACCUGGAUAUUUUUCUUCCAUUUUAUUUAUUUAUGGGAAAUUGAGGCUCUGAGAGCCAAAGAAAUGGAAGAAAACAAAAUUUGUGUUUUGUUAAAAAGUUAAAAGUUAAAGAAAAAAAUUACAUUAUUUCUUACUAUCUGCUACUUUAUGAUGUAAAUUUCAACCUAUGAGAAGACUUUUCUCUUGGGUAACAGGUCCUUUUAUCAUAAAGUAAGAUGUUCUUCUUAAAAUAGGUGUUUAAGGCCUGUAAUUAAAAAUAAGACCAUCUUCUCCAAGGGUUGGUGAUGUGAAUGGCACACCCACAAUUCUCUAUCACUGAAGAUAAAAUUUGCAUUCCCCAAAGCAAGGGAAGGUGGUAGAGGAGAAGGGGAAAUUACAAUGGAAACUCGUGUGCAAAAGAGGGAGUGGAGGAAGAAGGAAGAUAUACUUCUUAAAGCAGAUAUGCAUGGGGCCGUUCGAAGGCAGGGUUUCUGUGGGUCUCUGGGGACUGUCCCUCUUGUCAGAGACUAGGAUUUUAGAGUGAGGCUUCCUGCAGGGAGUUAGCAUUGCACUUGUUUGUUCUCCUUCCAGGUGUCAUACUGGGAGAAGAGAUGGGAGAAGGGGAAAGACUCUGAGCAGCUGAAGGGUUUCUCUUGAGUCAGAAAGCAGCGGUAAAAAGUUAACCAGCAAAGGCGGCCCAGGGAGUGAAGAAGGGGCAAAGAAAUCUGUUCCUCCUUCCUGGUCAUAGUAAACAUCAGUAUCUGUAGCCAGGCUACUCAAGAACCCCAUUUGAUUUCCUAGCCCUUUGUCUUGGCGUGGGGACAUUUUUAUUUCAUCAUAUUUUAAAGUCUUCAUUUCUUUUUUUAACAUAGUCAAGGAGAAGGGCCAGUUGCAGGGGGAUUAUCCUUUCAAGCACCACAACUUCAGAUAUAAUUCUCUCGUACCUUUAAGUACUAUCUGCUUUCAAGUUUUAUUUAUUCUAGAGGGAUUAUUUGGAGACUCAACUGUCCUUGGUUUUAUUUUAUAAAAUGGUCUAGUACUGUGGAAUUUUAACUUCAGAAAGUCUUAGUGUCAUAUCAUAAACAUUCAUUUUUAAACAAGUCACAUUUGAAACUUUUCAGGGAAGUUGUGGUUAUUAGUAGAUUGGUAUAAAGGAGCACAUUUUGUACUGCAUUUCCCAUUUCUGGUAUCUUGUUCAACAUUUUUUAUUUUUUUGCCUGAAGAACAUCCUAUAUUUAUGAAAACAUUCUUUAAGAAAACCACCACAUAAAAUAUCCCUUUACUAUCAGAUUGCUCUGAUUUAGCCUUAAUUUUGUUAAACUUUUUAGAGAUGAAUGAAGCGCUGCUGUGGAAAGAUAUGUGCUAUCUACUAUUUCUGUACCAUUAAAAUGACAUUUUUAUGGUU